AUGUCUGAUCCACUCUCCAUCACAGCAUCUGUAGCUGGAAUUAUCUCGCUCGGUGUUCAGGUGGUCGGCGGGAUCACGCAAUACUUCGACGCGGUGCGGGAACGCAAAGAUGAUGUCGCCUCGGCAAAAGCACACGUCGUUCGCAUGCAAGAGCUUUUGAAGCUUGUGAGCAACGCGGCCGCGGAGGUUGAACCAACUCACGCCACAACCGCGGCAUUCCUGAAGGCUGCCGCAUCAAUUCAACCGGAGCUCCAAGCCCUAGAACGAUUUGUCCAGAGUUUGGAUACCGCAAAGUUUCCCUCACCAAGUCAUGAGGUUAUUGGAAAGGUUUAUGUCCAGACAAAGAAGCUUACGUACCCGUUUCACCGUCCGACCAUGGAUCGGUUGCAGUCUCGCCUGAUUCAAGUGAAUGCGAUGCUACAAGCAGCACUCCAGAUACUUCUUCUAGACGUCGCCAUCGAUAUUGAACGUAACACCUCCACUAUCAAAGCCACGCUACCAGACCUGCAGCGACAGCUUUCUGAACAACUCAAACAAGAGAACGUGGCUACUCGAGAUGCUGUCGCUCGCGUGGGAGACUCGACCGUGUUUCUGUCCGGCAGAUUCGACCAAGGCUUAGCCAAAAUACAAGAGGACAUCGCUGCUACCAGCACUACAUCUGUAUCAGUGCUACGUAAGGAAUACGCUGAAACUGAAGCCAGGCUGCUUCAAGAGCUGGCAGUGACACAAAGCGGUGUCAAUGAAUUGGGUGACAACUUCAGACGCUUUGAUCUGGCACUCCGUGCGCUUCCCACGCGAGAAGAACUUGGGCGCCUCAUUGCCAAGCCAGGCCAGCUGAAGGAGUUGUGCGAAUUCAUGGAAGAACCACCAGAUUUCACCACCUCCCAACAUUCUAGCCACCGUUCGCACAUCACCCUGGCGCGAAGGACAUACUGUAUUUUCCAUGUCCAAGGCGCAACGGUACCGUCAAUACGGUGGUCGUUGGCCUUCAAAGGACUGCAAGGACUCAUCAACCGCGCGAUCGAGGUGUCUUUCUCGUACUCAUUUGGGGCUGGCGGAUGCAGCCUUAGCCCGGGUUUCAAUUACUACCCAACUGUCGACCGCAGACGCGACCCGGCAUUUCGAAUCAUGGGACUAUACCGCUGGUCAUGCCUGAGUCUGAUAGAGAGUAAUUCACGUCAGGAUGAGUUCCUGGAGCAGUGUCUGGAUAACAUGGCAUUGCUUUAUCGCCAUGGCAAAGCUUCGCCAAAAGCCGUUGACCAGCACGGCCGUGGUGUUCUGCAUUACUUGGAUGUCAAGUCAAGUCCCAAAUUCCGGGAUGUCUGCCUUACAGGACUGGAUACGCUGCUAAAGCUUGGAGUGCAGGCUACCAUGUCUGACAUCUAUGGCUCUGGAAACCGACCGCCAAUACCUUUCUCGGUCCUUUGGAGUCUCGGAUUCCGCGACUUGGACACGCCCGACAAUGAUGGAAUUACGCCCUUGAUGUGGUGGUGUAAACGAACCUCGUAUACUGACUGGAAGGAAGCCGCCGGUCAUUGCUCCUGGUUCAUCGACAAUGGCGCGGAUCUGUGGAGGUUGGUUCCAGACGGGCUAUCAACGAUCGGUCACGAGAUCUACGCCAGAAUCGGCGAAUUGAAAACCAGCAGCGAUGAAGACAGCGAUGAAGACAGCGAUGAAGACAGCGAUGAAGACAGUGAUGAAGACAGUGAUGAAGACAGUGAGCGAAAUCCCAUGGAACAUAUCUUCGACCUCACGGGAAAGUUGUCACAGCGAGAGCCACGUGACAGGUGUCGUUGUGCUUGCUCGCCUGGGGGUUGCACUCCCUUCGUACGAUUUCUCCAAACCGCACUCCACCCGCGAUACGCCAAAUCAGCUUCGAAAUUCAUGGAACAGCUCCCUGAAAUGAUAAUGGAAACCCAUACGUCUGUGACCAAAGUCCAGAUGCGAUCUGCAAUCAGAUAUGCUACUUUCAGGAUGUUAGGCAUUAGACACACUUGCUGCCACGACGAUAGUGGUCUAUCCUUUGGACAACAUCGACAACAUCGACAGAACGAGGAACUAGACGAGUUGCGUAAAGAAGACUGCUUUCUAGUGGCCCGUCUCGAAGAUCUGGCCACUGAAUUUGAAGAGGAGCUGGAAAAAAUGGGCCAGGAACGGUAUGUCAAUAAACGUGUAUCAUUUUGGCACGGCUAUUGGCUUCCGCGCAUGCAACAAGUCCUGGAAUCCAUCGAGAGUGCUGAAAUAGAGGAGUCAGACGAGGUGGGUGCCGAGGACAUUGGAGUAGUGUGGCAUAAGCAAGAAUCCUGGAAAGGCAAAGACCGCGAUGGAGAAUCCGACAGUGAAUCCGACAGUGGAAGUGAGGAUAUCGGAUAUCACGAGUGCGACUGGAGCUCCGAGAUUGACGAAGGAAGAAUGAUUCACACACUCCGAACAAUGAAGGAUUGGAGCUCUAGGCUGGAUCUGAUCAUGGCGAAAGCUGGAAUGUCUGCAGGUCGGUGA